AUGCUCAACCAACUUUACACCUUUGCAAUGGCAGGGGAAACAUGCAGGCUGAAGCCUGUAAUCCUGAACACACUAACAGCAGCAACUCAAGCAGGGGGAUCUGGAGCAGAGCUCACAGCAACACAGAUAGAAAGGGCUAGACCUCUAUCCCCCACCUCCGCCCAAGGCCACCCACAGCUUCUUUUACAAAAUGAACAUUACAUUUGUGUGCAGUUUGCCUCUUACUUGGGGGGGGGGGCAUACCACCCUAACGGAAGAAUCUUCUUGGGAAAUGAAAUGGAACACAAAGACAGAGCUGGACUUCGAAAGGAGGCCAGAUAA